GCGGGAGCGGCGCGCCGGGAAGGCGGAAGCGGAGGAUGGCGGCGGGUGCGGGCGGGCUGCUGGCGGCGGCGGCGCUGCUGUUGGCGGUGGCCGGGCCGCGCCCGGCGCCCGCUGAGCUCACGGAUGGCAACAGUGAGCACCUGAAGCGAGAGCACUCGCUGAUGAAGCCGUAUCAGGGCGCGGGCUCCGCCGCGAUGCCGCUGUGGGACUUCCAGGGCAGCACCAUGGUCACCAGCCAGUACGUCCGCCUGACGCCCGACGAGCGCAGCCGGGAGGGCUCCAUCUGGAACCGCGUGCCCUGCUUCCUCAAGGACUGGGAGCUCCACGUCCACUUCAAGAUCCACGGAGCCGGCAAGAAGAACCUGCACGGGGACGGCCUGGCGCUGUGGUACACGCAGGAGCGGCUGGUGCCAGGUCCUGUCUUUGGCAGCAAGGACAACUUCCACGGACUGGCUAUUUUCCUUGAUACGUAUCCCAACGAUGAAGCAACAGAGCGCGUGUUCCCCUAUAUCUCUGCGAUGGUGAACAACGGCUCCCUGACGUACGACCACAGUAAGGACGGGCGCUGGACAGAGCUGGCGGGGUGCACUGCUGACCUUCGGAACCAGAAUCACGACACUUUCCUGGCAAUUCGGUACUCCCGAGGUCGUCUCACGGUGAUGACCGACGUGGAAGACAAGAAUGAAUGGAAGAACUGCAUUGACAUUGCAGGGGUGCAGCUGCCAACCGGCUACUUCUUUGGUGCUUCUGCUGGCACUGGAGACUUGUCUGACAAUCACGACAUUAUCUCGAUGAAGCUAUUCCAGCUCAUGGUGGAGCACCCUCUAGAAGAUGAGACUGUUGACUGGACGAAGAUUGAGCCCAGUGUCAGCCUCCUUAAAUCACCCAAAGACAAUGUGGAUGACCCGACGGGGAAUUUCCGAAGCGGGCCUCUGACAGGCUGGAAGGUGUUCUUGCUCCUGCUCUGCGCGCUGCUGGGCAUCAUCGUCUGCGCUGUGGUGGGAGCUGUGGUCUUCCAGAAACGCCAGGAGCGGAACAAGCGUUUCUACUAGCAGAAGCCCUGGGCCGUGGCCUGUGCCCAAACCCAUCUUUUCUAUGGGGAGCUGUAAAAACUGUGGUUUCUAAAAGCUGUUUCUGAGAACUAUCAGAAGUAUUUUCUUA